UUAAAUUGCAUUCUAUCACACAAAAAUGGCGUCUACUGAGAAAACGAAACUUCCAAACCUGAAAAUAUGCAUAGAUAAUGAUGAAUCUGAAUCGGAUGACGAUAACUUAUCGUUGACGGGUGAGCCACAAAUAAGUCUAGAAGAAGGAGAAAUAGAUAAAAGAGUAACCAACCCUGUGCACGAAGAAAUUUUAGUUCCAGAGUCCCCCGGAUCAGAACGUGCUACCGGUGCUGAAGAUGAUGUUCAGUUCAACGUUUAUUUGAAUAAACUAGAAACUAAGCAAGUGGAAAACAGCAUAAAUAGGCCGACAAGAAGAUAUGAAAAUAAGGAAGGAAACUUUGUUACAGGCAUAGAUUUUACAGAGCAGGACACAGCUGAAAAACUCCAGGAAAGGGCAAAAAGAUUCGGUAUUGAUUACAAACCUGAACCAGCUGUCAAUUUGGGGGAACUAUAUCAAAGUCUUGGGUUGAAGGCGGAAGAUUUAAAUCCUAAAGAUGAGAGAGGUAUACGUAUAGAUGCUGUACAUAUACGGGGUGUCAAUGAGAUGAAUACAAAAGAUGUGUUCAACUACUUCCAGGAAUUCGCUGCUGGCAGCUGUGAAUGGAUUGAUGAUGAAAGUUGUAAUGUGGUAUGGUUAGAUAAAAUGACUGCAGCCCGUGCCUUGUUAAAACUUAGUCGUAGCUAUGAGCAAGUAAUGGCAGAUUUUGGUUUAAAGGUUCCAAUUAAUCACAAAGCAGACAAAAACAAAGCAAAGAUAGAAACUACCUCAGAGUCUAAAAUGGAUGACGAUGGUACGGAACAAAAUAAUGAAAAAGUAGGAGAGAAAGAAAGUGAGGAAGAAAGGAAUGAAGAAAAAAUGGAAGAAGAUAAUGAUGACCUAGAUCUUACAGAGGAAACAAAACCAGAGGAAAAUAAAGCAGAGGAAAACAAGAGUGAAGAAAACAAAAUUGAUGAAGAGGAGAAGAUGGAGGAUGAAGGAAUAGAAGAAGGGGAGAUAACUGAUAGUGACUCCGAGUCAGAAGUUCAAAGUAAAAACCAGAAUGCGUUUGACAGGAUACGGUGGCCCCCAGGAAAGUGGAGGCUAGGGGUACCAUACAAGAAUAAAGCCAAUUAUAUCUUCCUGAGAUUUGCUACUAAAGCUGAUGUGAAACUUCCUGGUGCAGAGAAGAGGAGCAAAUAUUACCAGAAAUACGGCAAUCCUAACUAUGGAGGAAGAGUAGGACUUCUUAGCCGAUCAAUGAAGCAGAAGUUACGUGCUAGAAGAGACAAUGAUGAUUUUGACAGAUUUGGUGUUCCAGAAAGUGGGAUAGUUGUGACAGACAGAAAUCAGGUAUCAUAUGGAGACGAUUUAUUCAGCGAUGCUGUUACCCCUGUUGAGGUAGAAGAGAUAGAUUUAUACUCAACUUCACAAAAACUGGGCAAAAAAUUGAAGAAGCCAGAGAAAGCGCAGUCAGAGGAUGAGGAAGAAGAGAUGUACCAGUCUGAGGAGGAGAAUGAUUUCCCUGUGAUAGAAAGAGUGAUGACGAAUGACAGGGAAGAAGAUAGAGCAACAGAUAGUGAUGUGGAUGAAGAAGAGCUGGAGAGACUGCUGAGGGCCAAAGAGAAGAAACCAGUGAUGAGAAUGUAUGCGGACGAGCUGGAGGAAAAACAGAAAGUAAACAGGCAAAGACAAAUGGUAGGGGCUCUAACAAUUGUAGCAGAUGCAAAGAAGAAGGUAAAAACAGUGAAGGAUGCCAGGCAACUAAUUACUGGGGUUGAUCUUCGGAAAGCAUUACAGGAGAAGAAGAUGAACAGGCAGCGAUCACCUGUUUCCUGGAAACGAUCAAAGUCAAGGUCACUCUCACCUGACUUUGAGAGAGACAUGGGCGGGGGAAUGAAUUUCAAGAUCAUUCAACCCAUGCAUAUGACAAUAGAGAAUGAAGUAAUGUCUGAAACUGAAGAAGUGAAAGAAAUAUCACCAGAACCAGAACCAGAACCUGUUAAAGAGGUCAAAAGAAAGAAAAGGACUUCAUCUCCUUUGGGAACUAAAUCAAAAAUGGAUGAAAUUGAAAAGCCGAAAGAUGUUCGUUCAAGGUUGAGUAAAAAGGCUCGUGAUGACCUUGAUGUUAGGACAGCACGAAGAUCUCCUAAUAAUGUGAGAUCUAGACUUAGUAAGAGAGUGUCGCCAGUGAAUGAAAGUCCAGAGAGAUUUGGCGACACCAGAAUAUCUAGGGUUAGACGGUCCAGAUCACAUGACCUGUUUAGGUCAAAGUUCAAUCGGUCUCGUUCUCCUGUGAAUAGAAAUAGACGUCCUGUAAGACGUAGAUCAAGAACUAGGUCUCCAGUAUGGAGACGUAAUAAUAAUAGGUACAGGUCACCAGUGAGAAAUAGGUCUCCAUUUAGACGUUCACCUAUAAGAAGGUUUAAUAGGUCACGUUCUAGAUCCCCUAUAAAUAGACGUCCAGCUAGGUCUAAUAUACGAUCAAGAUCGCCUGUAAACAGAAGGUUCAGUGAUAGGACACGUACGGGUCGAGAUGCGCGAUCUCGUCUCGGAAGAAAAUCUCGGUCUCCAACAGAUACUGAAAAUGAAUCAGAUGAUGAACAGAUAGCGCCCUCAAGAAUAAAAAUGACAGUGGCAGCGAGCUCAAGCUCCAGCAGUUCCUCGUCAAGCUCUGAUUCAAGCUCGAAUGAUUCAAGCUCCAGUAGUGAUUCCGAUUCAUCAUCAUCGUCUUCAUCGUCAGACUCGAGCAGCAGCAGUAGUGAUAGUGAAAGUGACAGUGAUGCUUCUGAGAGGUCAGCAAUUCGAAAUAAGAAAACUCAGAGAAAAAUAGAUCAUGCAACUAGACAGCAGGAUAAAUUUGCAGGGUCACGUAAACAACACCUCUCAAGAAGAGACAGUAAAACAAAUGGUCCACGUAGAAAAGGUCACAGACCAGUAAGACCCGCAGACGAUUGAUAUGUGAUAUUAUUUUGUAUUUUUUACAUAUUGAUUCCGAGCUAUUAUCACAUACUGGUUAUGGAUUUUUUUUUGCCUGUGUUUUAAAAAUACAGUGGUGUACUGAGGGUUAUUGUGGGUGUAAUAUGCCAUAUAUAAAGUACCUCGUUUUGCAGCUUUUUUUCUAACAGCCAUUGAUGUACAGUUCCAUUGCCAUAGCAGCACACAGUGACCCAUGCCCCACCUUAAUAAAGAGAUGUCUUUUGAUAGAAAAACAGUUCAAAUGUAUGUAAGGCAUUAAUGUUGACUUCUGUCUUAUCUCCUCAUUUGUUUGGUAAGCUAUAUAUUAAAUGAGCUUUGCCUUGUAA